CGUCACAAGCACCAGUUUCUGGCUCUCGUCUUCCUUCUGGACGUCGUGUUCGCCACAGAACUUCUCAAGUCAUUCCACAGCCUGUUCGCCCGCAUGCCCCAGCUCCAACUGACCACAGCCCCAUCACUGGUGGUCAGCAACUUCACGGACAUCGAGUCGUGCGCCCGUGAGUGUGUCCGGCAAACCGGCUUCGACUGCCGGUCGUUUGACGUCAACAACCAGCUCCGUACGUGCAUAUUGUUUAACACGACUCACGAGGACGGGAAGGCGUACCUCCGAGAGGCGGCUACAAUAGACCACUACAGAACUGCCUUCGAAAAACUUUUCAACCGACUCCCAAACCAUGUCAUCACAACCAAACUGCACAAACGGAAAAUCCCGGACGUCAGCGCAGAACAAUGCGCGCGCAGGUGCAUCUUCGAGCAGGACUUCCGGUGCGCGGGAUUCGACUACGAGCCGGGCUAUGCAAAUUGCUGGCUGACGGAUCUGACCGUCGCCCAGAGCGACGGAGUCAAGUUCCUGACCGGCGCUGAUUAUUACGAGCGUGAUUUCGGCGGCUCCAUGUCCAACUUCAUCAGCUACGGCUCCGGCUCUCUGCCCUACGUGGAAGAUCACGUGGUCUACAGCAAGACCAUGUACGGCCUUGACCUCGGCGCAUGCGCACACAUGUGCCUGUCCCAGACGACCUUUGAGUGCUCCAGUUUUGACUUCUCGUUCGUUGACCGCGCGUGCCAGAUGAGCCGUUACGUGGCUUCCAGCCUGGGGGGACUGGAUACUGAGCACAUGCCCACCUACAAGAUCAUGCACUACGAGAAAAAAGGUGCCAAUCUGGAACGGUUCUUCGCCACGCCCUACAGCAUCGUCCCCGGGGAGAACGACAAGACCAUCGAGAGUGUGGCACCAGAGAGGUGCGCCCAGGCCUGUCUGGAGGAGACAGCCUUCGUCUGCAGGUCGUUCGACUACGAG